AUGGCACUGGGCUCCAACAACCUGUACAUCCCCAAGUACAUUCUGGAUGUGCCCUGGUACUACAAAUCUGGACUCAAAGCGGAACAAGCCGGCGCCGAAGAUACCCUAGCUCACCACAGAAAGACGCCGGGACAGGCACCCGUGCACCACAGCGAGCCGCAGGCCGGGGCGGGCAUUUUUGAUGAAGUGACGCACGUGAAUGGCACGAAAACUCGUGUUGCAGACGACUACGACGCCAAACGGGACCGCUGGCACGGCCACUCGGCGGACGAGUGGGACGAGAUUCUCACGCGGUGGGAGGCUGUGAAAAAAACGGCGUCUCGGGGCCAAAAUAUGAACGAGGACUCUGACGACACGGAUUAUGAGUUGGAGCUCGAGGAGCUUGGGCUCAGUCGCUCCGAUUUGAAGACCGGCCACGUCGAGGACCCGUUGGAAAAGUCCAUUCGAGACCGCAGAGAUGUUCCUGCGUACAUCCGGGCCAUCAACGGCAAUAUGGGCGGGAAGAUCAGGGUGGGGAAAGAUUCUACGGUGGGCGUGGUCAACGAGGACUCGGAGUUCGUAAAGGAAAGUGCCGAUGUAGCCGAGUUUCGCCAGGCGCAGAAAUUUGCCUGGGAGAAAAACAAGGCGUUUGAGGCCGAGCAGAAAAAGGCUCAUUACGACGCCCAGUUGGCCAGUUUGAAGAACCCCAAUGUGCCCAUUGAAGAGCAGCCGGCGGCAGACUUGAACUUCAGUAUGGAGGCCAGUCCUACCAUGAUGAUGUUGCAAAACCGGCAGAACGAGCAGAGGCGCAAAGACGCCGGGGAAGCAAAACGGAGGAGGCUCAUGGAAAUGUACGGCUCGUGA